AUGGAAGAUGCAAAUGCUGCAGAAGAAUGGAUGACAAAGCAGUCUGAAAUGAUGGAAAGAAAAUACAAUUUGAAUGAAUUUUCAUUAGAAGAAGGUGAACAGAUGUUGCGUGAAUUGGAUGAAAUUAGUGAAUUGAUUAAGAAAUAUCACAGUAUUCUAAUGGCACUCACUGAGCGAAGCUCUCAGAUUUCACCUCUAUGGCAGCGUGGUGAACGAACUCAGCAUCCUAUUCCAGUCACUGCUUUAGCUGACUUUACUGAUAGAGAUAUUUCUAUAAGAGAAGGUGAUGAGUGCGUCCUAAUUGAUAACUCUGACUUGAUAAACUGGACUGUUCGAGGAUCGGGUGGUGUUGAAACCUUUGUGCCGUCUGUAGUAUUUCGUAUUUCACCUCCUGAUGCCCAUCUUACAUCAUACUUAAAUAGACUACAUUCAAGUUUUGAGAAGUUACGUCGAAUUUGGGGCCAAAAACACAGAAUGGUACGAUAUAAUAUGGUCUUAAAUACAAUGGCUCAAAUACGUAGUUGGGAUUUGAAUACGUUUAUGGCGAUGACUCCAGAAGAAAAAGAUGCCAUUAUCAAAGCUUUGAAUGAUGAUACUCACAAAUUACUUUCUGAACUGGAACCAAAUGAUCCACUGUCGUUGAGGCUGAAAGAGGAACUUAGAUUAACCAAUGAACAUUUCUAUAAUCUGUUAAAUGAAAUGAGUCGUCCUAAAGAACCCGAAAUCGGAGCUCAAUUCGAUGCAAAAAUGACAGAAUUGUUGGAUAAACUUGAUGACGCAUACCGAAAAUUGAAUGACCGAGUUAUGCAAGGUACACCAAGAUCACAAACCGAACUCGAACGAUUAACUAUAGACCACAAGAAUUUUGAAGAUAACUUGCAAACGUUAGAUAUUGAUGUAUCUACUGUGAAUGAAUUGUUUCGGCAAAUACCAGAACCAACACCGUCGCAAAGAGCUAAUUUUGAUCAUCUUACUGGUCGUUGGGAAGAUUUAUGGGAACUAUCGAGAAUGUAUGUUGAACGACUAAAGUCACUGGAAGCUGUAUUGAAUGGACUUGCUGAGGUCACUGAUAUAGUUCGACAGCACGAAAUCACAUUGAAUUCAUUUGAUGAUAUGCCAGCUUCUCUGGAUAAACUUCGAGGUGUUCAUUCGCAGUUACUUGAGCUAAAUAUGGUGCUACAACAGCAGCAAGCUAUUGUUGAUGCUCUAAAUCGCAACAUUGCUCUUCUGCGACAACACGUUUCUCGAACUCGUCAAUCACCGAAUCAUCCUGAUGUUGACCGAUUAGAAGACGAAGUGCAAACAUUAACCGUACGAUGGGAAAAUGUUUGUUCUCAAGUAGCGGAUCGUUUAAAAACUACAGAACGAGCUUUACAAACUCAAAUGAUAUAUCGCACAGAGUAUGAAAAUGAGAUCAAGUGGUUGGACAAUGUUGAGUCUACUAUUAAUAGUUUGCGAAAACCGGAAGAGCUUAGACCAGAACAAUAUCAGCAGCAACUAGAUCAGCUCAUUGCGGAAUAUUCUCAGUUACAAGAACGUACCGAAGCAAUAGAAAAUGUGAAUCGAGAGGGUGGGAAAUUCAUUCGCGAAGCCAAAGGUUAUGAUGGUCGUUUGGUACAUUACAUGGAAAACGUCAUUAGCAUCCAUGGGACCGAUAUUCGAGAAAGAUUUCGUCGUUUAAAACCGCAACCCAAAAAUGGUGCAGAACAAGUGACCGAAGAAUUAGAAAAUUUAAAUCGGCGAUUUGCUCAAUUAAGUUCCCUUAUACUCGAACGACGUAAUGUAAUGCAAGUACUGAUUCAAAAAUGGAAACGGAAAAAACAGUUAGAUGGGCUUUGGAGUGGCAGUCCAGAAGCUUUAAUGUCAAUUUUUGAAACUGGAAAAUACGAAACCAACCGAUUUCAGCAGAUUUGUAACCAGUCGCUCGAAGAUGAAGAUAGACGCAGGGCUGAGGAGGAUGAGAAACGUCGGCAGUUUGAAGCAGCUCGACUGAAAGCACUUGAAGAUGCUGAUCGUCUUCGUAAAGAACGUAAAGCAGCAGAGGAUGCGCGUCGUGCAGCUGAAGAAGCUGACCGUUUGCGCCGCGAACUUGAGGCAGCAGAAAAUGCACGUCGAAGGUUGGAAGAAGAAAGACGAAGAGCGGAAGAAGAAGCAAGGCGCAGAGCUGAUGAGGAUGCUAGAAGGCGUGCCGAAAAACGAAGACUUGCUGAGGAAGAAGCAAGACGCAAAGCAGCAGAAGAAGAGGCUAGACUUCAGGCUGAAGAUGAUGCUAGAAGGCGACACUUAGAAGAUGCAAGGAAGGAUCGCGAACGUCGUAAACGGGAAGAGGAACGUCGAGAACGUGAAGAAGAAGAACGCCGCAAACGUGAAGAUGAAGAACGCCGCAAACGUGAAGAUGAAGAGCGCCGCAAACGUGAAGAUGAAGAGCGCCGCAAACGCGAAGAUGAAGAGCGUCGCAGACGUGAUGAUGAAGAUCGUAAAAGAAAAAAACAGGCAGAGGAUGAUGCGGAGCGAGAAAGAAAGCGAAAAGAGGAUGAGGAUCGUAGACGUCGUGAAAAAGAAGAACGAGAGUAUCGACGUCUAGAAGAUGAACGUCGUCGACAAAAAGAAGCAGAAAGAGAACGUGAAAGAAAACGAUUAGAUGAUGAACGGCGUCUUGCAGAAGAUAAUAAGCGUCGGCGUGAUGAAGAUGAACAACGACGUCGUAAUGAAGAGCAAAGACGACGAAAAAUGCUUAAUAUAAGUCAUGGCAUGCAACAGGCUAUUGUGUCCGAGGGAGGUGAGUUAGAGGAGUUUGAAGAGAUUCGAGACGUUCCGGAGAGAGCAACAAUUGCAGAGCAUGAGGAUGAGAUGCAAAUGUAUCAGGAAGAAACCAUCACAAAAACGCAAUUCUAUGAGAUGGAAGGCAUCUUACAUAAGCAAACGGGCGAGAUUUUGACUUUUGUAGAGGCCAUUCGUCAGGGACUGCUAGACUUACAUUCCGGAGAAGGAGAAUUUUAUGAUAUUGUUUCGGGAGCUAGAAUUAGUCUGGAGAAAGCUGCAGAAUUAGGUUAUAUUGACGGUGGGUUUCAAGAGGUGCUUAAUACUCAUUAUGGAGUGCGACAUCCUGAAACUGGCCAAAGUUUAUCCCUUCUGGAGGCUAUUCAAAUUGGUCUGUAUGAUCCUGACGUACGUCAGCUUCGUGAUAUUGAGACAGGGGAAAUUUUGCCCAUGUAUGACUGUAUUUCACGCGGAAUUAUAACAUUGGAUACGCAACACCGAUUGUUAAAAAUGGGUGUGCUGAAGCUUCCUCCCAUGUCACUAGAUAAUGCCAUUGAGCAAGGAGUUGUGAAUAGUGAAACAGGUUUAUUUACGGGAAAGUAUACUAGAGAAACGAUGCCACUUAAAGAUGCUCUCUACAAUGGAUAUGUUCAAAUUGGUGGAUGUCGUCCAAAUACCAUGAUCGCAAUCACUUUGUCAGAUUGCUUACAGGCAGGCUUCAUCGAUGGUUACACUGGUGAAUUUGUAGACAAAUAUAGUAAUGAAAAGAUUACGUUAAGAGAGGCCGUGUCGAAACAGCAUGGUCUUCUAAAUUUGCAUGUACCUGAAAUUGUGAGAACAGAUGAAAAUCGUCGUGUUACAUUGGGUGAAGCGAUCAUACGAAAUGCUGUAAAUACACGUCUAGCAAAUUUCAAUGACUUGCAGAAAGGUCAAGCACUUAGUCUACAAGAGGCUUUUUCUAAAGAUUUGAUUCAGAAACCAUUAACUCUUACGGAAAUAAGUCAAAAGGAUUUGAUUGAUUCAACAAAUAAAUUCAUUGACGGAGGCACUAAACAUCGCUUUACUUUAUUAGAAGCAAUAUCCGCUGGUUUGUUAGAUUCGGACGUGCGACAUAUUGUGGAUCCUGAUGAGGAAGAUGUAAUUUCUAUUGCAGAAGCUCUUGAGCGAGGACUGCUAGAGCCUGAUGGAAGAAUAGUGCUUCAGAAAAAUCAAAAAGUUUUUUCCAUUGCCGAAGCAGUUCACGAAGGGCUAUUGAUUAAACGUGUACGUCACUCCAUAUUCAAUGUGAAAGGUAUUAAAGACACAAAAACAAAUAAAUAUCUAACCUUUAAUGAAGCAGUGGAUUGCGGUGUGAUUAUCUUGCAGGCAGAAAGAAUAGUUGAUGUUGCUAUAAAUGAAAGUUUUCUUAUAGCAGAUUGUGCCGAAAGUGAUUUACUAGAUCCAAUGCUAUUUGAAUUUCUUACCACUUCGCUGGGUAUCAAGAAUGAUUUGGGACAUGAUAUAACGGUGAUUCGUGCCGUUGCAAAAGGAUUUAUUGAUGCUCGCAAAGGUGUUUUUGUUGAUCAGCAAACUAGUCAAGAGCUUACCCCCAAGGAAGCUUAUGAUCAUGGUCUUCUAACAUUGAAAGGAGCUUUGCAGUUGUCAUCUAUGCUUGACAUUCACUCUUCUUUGGUGACACCAGUCAAAAAAAUUGAUCAAAAAAAAAGGAUUCGACGGCCAGGACAGCGACAAGAUAUAGCGACGGAUCAAAUAAAAGUUACUCUUGCUGAGGCAAUGAAGCAAGGCUUAAUUGAUUCACGCACUCAUCGGUUUCGACAGGGUGACACCGAAAUGAGUUUCGAGGAGGCGCUAAGCAAGGGUUUGAUUAACCCAUCCGAUGAAUGGAUAGUACCCUCUAAAAGCAAUGGUGCUACUGGUCCAACUAUUGAAGAAAAAGUUAGUGAAUCCGUAUCUGAGACAGCGCAGCAGUUGGCUCCAAAGUUUUAUCCGGACAAAAACAUUGAGGAAACUGUAACGACUAUAAAAAGAGUGAGGAAAACAGAAACAACUGCAUUAGGAGGCCCAGGUGGUGUGUCCGUGUAUCGUGCCAUCACGGGUAGUAAAGAUUCCGUUGAAGUACCAGCUAAUGGCUAUCACAUUCUUGAGGCAGAACGCAAAGGUUAUGUGAACCUUGCUACAGGUGUAGUUUCUCUGCCGAAUUUGAAUCGAACCCUGAGUUUAGAACAAGCAUUUCAAUUAGGCAUCCUUGAUAGCUCAGGUAUUACUGUACGAGUUCCAACCACUAUUACUCGCAUUCCCAUCAUGGAGGCUCUGAAUCAAAAAAUAAUCGAUAAACAUGGUUUUAUGAUGCGAAGUAAUCGUAUGAUUAAUUUCCAGACAUUGAUUGAUGAAGGAUUAGUCUUUGUAGACGCGGAAGCACCUCAAAGUUUAAAUACUUCAAAGAAAAAGAAAGUUGUACAGUUUUCACCAAAUUCAGAUGCAAUUAUGAGCUUCCGUCCAGUUGGUACUGCAGCUGUAGAAGAAAGCGAACAAUCUUGGUCAUUUGAUGCUAGCAAAGGUGAAUUAGUUGAUCAUAUCAGUGGAGAACGGCUUACUCUUGAUGCUGCUCUCGCUUCUGGCAAAAUUGAUCGUGAGGAUCUACGUGUUUUUGACACCUUAACUGCUCGAGACAUGACAUUUGAAGAAGCUGAAAAGUGGGGUGUAAUCGAUGAAAAAGAUGGAUAUUAUUUGGAUAAAAGAGAAAAUAAGCGAUAUUCACUAUCAGACGCUGCUAGACAGCAUCGUGUUUUUCCAACAGGAGGUAUACCUGAAAAUGCUUCUGAUGCAGUUCAUACAACUUAUAAAAUAUUGAAACGAAAUGAAGUAUCAAAGAAAGAAGCAUUACUAAGUGGGCCGUCAUUAGGAUAUACCGAUCAGACGUUAAUUACUUCCUUGGAUUUGGGUCUUUAUGAUGACAAGACUGGUUUGUUUACGCAUCCACAAUUUCAGAAGCAGAUGACAUUGAAAGAAGCGAUUAUCAGAGGAUUAUUUAAUCCGUAUAGUACGUCAGUACUAGAUAAACGUAGGAAGCGUGAAUUAUCACUUUUAGAGGCAAUAGAUGAUAAUAUAAUCAACGACACGGAAGGAACAGUUUUAAAUACUGAAACAGGACAGUUUAUAGAUCUGAAGAGAGCUCAUUCGCAAGGUCUUCUCCGAAAUAGAAACCUCCCUCAAAGUCUGGAAGGGGCAUUAAUGUCUGGAAAGCUUGAUCUAUCUACUGGUCGAUUGAAAACAGCAAACGGUGGAAGUAUAAAAGUUGAAGACGCCAUUGCAACCGAAGUUAUUGACAGUAAGAGUGUAGUUGUUCGCGAUCCAUCAACAGGAGACGAAAUGCCUUACAGUGUUGCAGUUGAGAAAAAAGUUAUUGAUCCAAUUAAAGGUCUUGUUUAUUCGAGUUCAUCAGGAUCCAUGACAUUCCCGCAGGCACUUACUACAGGGGUAUUAGCUGGUGUUGGCUCUAAAAGGCAUGUAUCUCCAAAGCCCACACAGUCACGUAUAGUAGAGCGAAAAUUGGAACUCACUCCUUAUGCACCAAAACUUCCUGAAGUUACAGUUGUAGAACAGCAACGAGCACUUGGUCCUGGACGUCAGGAAAUGGUAGAUUUGGGUGGUGGGAAACAGGUGAUGGUGAAAGUUGUACGUGGUGAAGGUGGUGUCGAGAGAGGUGAAUAUGUUGAUCCAUCUUCCGGUAUGAAAUUUACAAUUCAGCUUCAUGGGGACCCUUACAUGACUGAAGCCAAAACUGUUGUAAAAAGUACCGCUCAGGUGCAGUCUAUUCGAUUAGAGCCACACGCUGAAUUUGUUGGCAUUGAUAAGAUAAGAGAUAAAAGAAACGGUCGCAUAAUGUCAUUGCAAGAUGCCCAACGUAUUGGAAUAGCUCGUAUUGACAAGAAAGGAAAACAAAUGACGAAGACGUAUUCUGUCUUUAGAUCAAAUAUUCAAAAUGCUGUCACUCGAGGUGUUAUUGAUAUUCGUGGUGAUAAAAUUAGUUUAGAAGAUGCUGUUCGAGCGAAGUUGGUAGAUUUACAAAACUUGACUUAUCUAAAUCCACGGACAGGAGAUGCUUUGACACUAGCACAAGCAGCAAAUAUGGGAUUUGUAGACGUCACCUUGUCAGAAACCUUACCAAAAGGCGUUUGUCAUCCAGCAAAUGGAGAAAGAAUCACAGUACAGAGAGCUAUAGACCUUGGUAUCAUAAAUGCAAAAACUGGUGAGGUGAAGAAUCCAUUCACAAACGAAAAAUUAACAUGGUUAGAUAUUGUAAGGCCUGUAUAUACAAGCUUAACUAUGGAAGGAGUUUAUGAUCCCACAAAAGGUUAUGGAGUACCGGUCUUGACCGCGUUAAUAGAGGGCCUUAUUGAUGCGACAUUAGCUCAGUACUCAAACAUUAUUACUGGCGAGAAAAUUACACUGGAAGAAGCAUCUAGUAAAGGUUUAAUUGAUGCUGAAACGUACAAAGCUAUUACAGAACCAUUUCUUCUGGAUUAUCAUUCAAAGAAAAAACUUAAUUUGAUCCAAGCCGUGCAGGCCAAAUUGAUUGAUCCUAGAAAUAAGACCAUUCAAUUAGAUGAACAAAUGGUUUUGCCUAUUUCACGUGCCAUCACUGAAGGUAAAAUCCCCUCAUUUAUUGGUGAGAAAUUGAAACGCGUGGAUAAAAUGACAUUUGCGGAAGCAUUAAGCAAAGGUUUUAUUGAUGUUGCGUUAAACCGAUUCACUGAUUCAGAUACUGGAAGACAGAUAUCUAUAAAUCAAGCUAUUGAAGAAGGAUAUAUUGAUACUGGUAAUAUUGAAGUUGCAGAAGGCUCAGAUGAGAAAAAUCUAGCAAAUAUUUUGUUUACUGAUGAAUUUGACGAGAAUUCAGGACGAGUUAAGGAUAAAAAGUCAGGCUUAUACUUAACUUUCAAAUCCGCUGUUGACCGAGAUGUCAUAGAUGGGGAUUCCUUGCUACAUGAUUUAGAAUCCAGUCAUACAUUGACGGUUAAAGAAGCACUAAAUCAAGGAUACAUAGAUUCAGAUGGAAAAUAUAUAGACAAACGUUCAGGAGUCAAAAUCACUCUAAAAGAAGCCGUUGCUAAAGGUUUGAUUGCAUUAAUUGCAUCUCCUAUGCAAGCUGCACAAGCAGUUACAGAAGCCGUUAAGCGUAGAGAUGUCGAAAGUUACAAGUUCAAAAUAGAAUCACUAGAUGAUUACAUGGUUACAAGUGGAGCUCCACGUUAUCGUGAGGAAGCAACUAUCGUGAAACUUGCAUCGCCACAUCGUUCUGAGCCUGGUCUUUCUCUGCGCGUUAGAUCAACCUCUGAGGCAUCAAAAAGAAGAAGUGUAAUCGAUGAUCCUCAAGCGAUGGCUGAUUUGCAACAUGAGUUCUUGGACAGCCUGCGAGAACGUGGUCUUGAUGUUGAAGAGAAGGUUAUCGAACUUCCAGAAGGUACGUCACGAGUUUCAGUACGUGAGGCAGCAGAAAGUGGCUUGUUGGAUAUCAUCACGGGUGAUAUCAUUCAUCCAGCAAGUGGCAGACGUUAUUCGAUUCCAAGAGCGGUGCAUAUGAAAAUUAUGAGCCCUGAAGCUGCAAAGCGUAUGAUGGAAACUUUGAACAUAUCUGUUGAAGAGAUUGGACAGACACCAUUAGUUGAAUCUGCUGGUACUAGCCCUUCCGAAUCUAGCCUUAAACUUUACACCAAAACUGUCAGCUGGCGUGGUCAGCCGUCUGAAUUGCGACAUACCGCUGAUCCUCUUGGUUCCUUCACUACUUAUGCAUCAUCUACGACGAUGAGGACAUCUGAUAUGUUCCGUUAG